GUUUUGGUGAAGCGGGUUUUAUAACAGAGAGAGAAGACGUUAUGAAAUCAAGGCUGGAUAUAAAAGACGAGCACUACGGGGAAACCAACGCCUCUAUUCCCUCAUAGGUGCUAAUACUAACAAUCGACACUUUUUUAAAACUAUUCAUUAGAUGUUAAAGAACAAACACCGGCUUAACAAGGUAAGUGUAUCAUAUUAAAAGACUGAGUAGUUAUGCUGUACAGGGAUCAAUAGCUCUAUAGAAUGCACGAUUAAUCUUUUAAGCUACGAAUACAUUGUCUCUAAGCGGUUUUAUAACAUUGCAGUGUAAAAAAAAUGUCAAAGUAAAUAUAUUGAGGCAAAAUAUAAUCGAGUAUUGAUUUUCAAAAACAAAUCACAAAUGACACGGUCAAUCUUUGUGGUAUAGAUUUAGGGAAAAUCCCAAUUCCGGAUAAUGCCAAUUCCAGAUAAUAUCCAAUUCCAGCUAAUCCCAGAUUUCAGAUAAUCGCCGGCAUACCAAAGAUAAUAAAAAUAACUUGAGUAUUGUUUCAGAGAUUCAAUCAUGUACAUUAACGCACUGGGAUUUGCCUGUCUCUGUUUCGACUUAAAAGGCCAUAGUUAUGACAUCUCUUUCGCAUAUCGAACGAAAUCCAGAUGAUAUAUUUUGUAAUUCAUGGAAUAUCGAUACUCAUAGUCCGGAUGUUCAAGUUUUUACUUUAGUCACAAACGAAUUAUAUUAAGAAAAUAUGAGAAUCUACUGGGGGUGUCAUUGUGUCAUACAUAAGGCGACAACCCUUUAUUUUAUCUAGAUGUAUUUGACAGUAUGUCAUGAAUAUGGCGACAACCCUUUAAUAUAUUAUCUAGAUGUAUUUCACAGUAUAUCAUGCAUAUGGUGACAACUCUUUAUUUUAUUCAGACGUAUCUAACAGUGUGUCAUGAAUAUGGUGACAGCUCUUUCUUUCCUCAGGAUUUAUCCGACACUAUGCCAUGAAUUUAAUGACAACUCUUUUUUUCCCCCAUAUGCAUCAGGCAGUAUGUCUUGAAUAAUGGGGUAAAUUCUUUGUUUUCUCCAGACGUAUCUGACAGUAUACCAUGAAUAUGGUGACAACUCUUUCCCCCUGAUGUAUCUGACAGUAUGUCAUAUAUGCAGUGACAAUCCUUUCUUUUAUCCAGAUUAUCUAACAGUCUGUCAUGAAUAUGGUGACAACUCGUUCCCCCAGAUGUAUCUGACAGUAUGUCAUGAAUGUAGUGACAGCCCUUUCUUUUAUCAAGACGUCUCUAACAGUGUGCCAUGAAUAUGGUGACAUCUCUUUCUUUCCUCCAGAUGUAUCUAACAGUCUGUCAUGAAUAUGGUGACAUCUCUUUCUUUCCUCCAGAUGUAUCUGACAGUAGCAAGCGUACUUGCAGUCAUACACCUGGUUCGUGCCGGCAGUGUACUGGAUGCGGCCAAAGCUAACGGCGCCACGACUCUCUACAAUCUCGUGGUCAGUGCAGACUUGAAGCCCGCCCUGGACACAACAAGUAAGUUAAGGAAUCACAUCUUAACCACCCCCCCCCCUUCCCCGCAACCCUCGGGCAAUCUUUAUCGUAUUGUCAAAUAUUUUCAGAUCCAUGAUAUAUAAUACAAAUGACAUAAUGGCCAUAAUAAUCAAGGUCUUAGCUGAUGAAAUAUGUUAGGCUACCCAAUAAGUAUCAAUGUAUUUCUUAGCUGAUGAAAUAUAUCAGGCUACCCAAUAAGUAUCAAUGUAUUUCUUAGCUGAUGAAAUAUGUUAGGCUACCCAAUAAGUAUCAAUGUCUUUCUUAGCUGAUGAAAUAUGUUAGGCUACCCAAUAAGUAUCAAUGCCUUUAUUAGCUGAUGAAAUAUGUUGGGCUACCCAAUAAGUAUCAAUGUCUUUCUUAGCUGAUGAAAUAUGUUAGGCUACCCAAUAAGUAUCAAUGUCUUUCUUAGCUGAUGAAAUAUGUUAGGCUACCCAAUAAGUAUCAAUGUCUUUCUUAGCUGAUGAAAUAUGUUAGGCUACCCAAUAAGUAUCAAUGUCUUUAUUAGCUGAUGAAAUAUGUUAGGCUACCCAAUAAGUAUCAAUGCCUUUAUUAGCUGAUGAAAUAUGUUGGGCUACCCAAUAAGUAUCAAUGUCUUUCUUAGCUGAUGAAAUAUGUUAGGCUACCCAAUAAGUAUCAAUGUCUUUCUUAGCUGAUGAAAUAUGUUAGGCUACCCAAUAAUUAUCAAUGUCUUUCUUAGCUGAUGAAAUAUGUUAGGCUACCCAAUAAUUAUCAAUGUCUUUAUUAGCUGAUGAAAUAUAUCAGGCUACCCAAUUUGAAUUCCUAAGCACUAAAAUAUGGCGUCUCGACGCAGUGAACAACGAUGGGUAAAGGAACCCUUUCUAAACACUUACUAAAAUACCAAUGUCAUUUUUAUGUAUUCAGGACAGUUGUUCAAUGUAUUUUCCCUUCUGUGCUUUUAUUUGAUCCGCAACUGAAUUCACCUCAAAAUAUGUUUGUGACUUUCCCCAAAUUUUCGUCACCAGAAGACAUCACAUUAUUCGCCCCCUCUGACGCAGCCGUGUCCAGCCUGCCGGCGUCUUUGGUCCAGGCUCUCACGUCAAACAAGACUCUACUUCAAGAGGUUCUCAAGUUCCAUGUUGUUCCCAGCCUCGCACCGGCCAGCAGCAUCAAGAAUGACCAACUCCUUCCCACGCUGGCCGGGAAUGCCCACAUCAGAACAAAUAUCUACAAGAGCGGUCAGGUAUUCAAAGUCGGCAGUACUCCCUUCCAAUGGUCACGGGCACCUCCCGCCCCAAACCCUGAAUGACUAAAUUACAAACCAGUUUGAGAAAUCGAUAUGAAAACAUACACAAACUAAACAACUAAAAGAGAGCGUAAUAAUUUGCUUAGGGCUUUUGAAACGGUCAGACAAUAUAAAGAAAGUGUAAUUACGAGUCGUCGAGUUUUUGAAGACGUUACUCAUCACCCAACUAAGUCUCCAGGUUAGAGUUAGGGUUAGGGUUAGUAGUUUAACGCAAUCCUUAUCUUUACAUGUACAGAUGUUAGUGUUGUACCAUUUUAAGAAAGUUUAGGUCAUUGCCCAUGUAGAAAGAGGGUCGAAUGUUAGAUUAGAAUCACUACAUAGUUCAGGGGCGUGCAUAAAAGGCGGCUGGGCCUACCAGGGGCGUACUGUACUAGGGGUUCUUUUUUUUAAUACAUUUUUUAUUACCAACUCUAUAUAGUAGAUGUGUGUGAGGAAGGGAGAAGUGAAAAUUUGAAAAAAAGGUAGGGGGGGGAGGGGGGGUUGGAGGUGCGCAGUUUUAUUUUAAAUGAAAUACUUUACAUCUUCAUUUUUAAAAAAAACAACGAUUUUAAUGGGACCAUUUUUAAAAUAAAUUAUUUUCGUUACCCAACCUGUAACAGUCGCUACUGUAAAAUGUUAAGUUCUUUUGGCGAUGGGGACCCCAAUAGUAAAUAUCUAAGGGGCAACAUCUUUGCACAUUCUUUCCGAUUGUAAGGGAUGAAAAUUAACUUUAAAUUUACAUAUAAUUAUUUUUAUAGUCCCCAAAUCUUAGGGAUAACAACAAUGUCCCCUUUUGUGUUGGAAUGGGGAUCCCAUUUAUUUUAAUGGCCAUUUGUGAAUACCUUCAUUGUUCAUUUAAGACAUCUUUUAAAAGUUCGAUUUGUCUUUAAAUCAUGGUUCUUAGCCGUCAUCAGCUUGAACACGAGAUUGGCCCCAAAUUCAAUGUUUACAUGAGUUAUUUUAAACCUUCUUUCAAUAGGAGGAAUUUUAAAAAUUUUGAUUGCUACUUUGGCCAAGUAUUUUUCACAGGAUCCAUAGGUUACGUGUAAGCUGAUGACGCUUUAGGAAUGUUUUUACGAAUAAAACCACGAGAAAAUCCGGGUAUAUUGACUAGUUUUUAAAUAAAAAAAUGUUUGAAUGUUAGUGACAACUUUCAUGCAGAUUUUAAACUACUAGUACAAAUGAUUAUCUUCUGUGGAUAGAAGGCUAAACAGCUGGUACAGGCUCGGCAUCUUUCAUCCAUUGGAUUGGUUCGUUCGGGGGCAAUGCGUCCUUGUUCCACUAUCCAGUGACAGUCCGGUUAAGAUGCCCUGACCUGUCACACUCUUCUGUCUCUAUUGACAGGUGGUUACAGCGGAGGGCAGCGUUGUGACGAAGGCUGACAUCCAAGCUGACAAUGGCAUCGUUCACAUCAUUGACAGGGUCAUGUAUCCCAUCCCCACUCAGUCCAUACCGGUAGCCCUGAACUUGAACAACGCCACAUCAACAAUAGGCUACCUUAUCUUGAAAGCCGAUCUCGUGACCGCACUGUCAGGUAAGAAGUGGACAUAACUAGGUCAAAAACAACGUAGAAGGGCUUACACCGUUAGUGGUGGACACAUCAGGUCAAAAACAACAUAGACGGGCUUCACCGUUAGUGGUGGACACAUCAGGUCAAAAACAACAUAGAAGGGCUUGCACCGUUAGUGGUGGACACAUCAGGUCAAAAACAACAUAGACGGGCUUGCACCGUUAGUGGUGGACACAUCAGGUCAAAAACAACAUAGAAGGGCUUGCACCUUUAAUGAUGGACACAUUCAUUUCAGCAUCUGUUACAUUUAAUUAAUAAAACAUUAUUUUAUCUCAUGUUAUAAAAUUGAUGAAAAGACUAAUGGGGAAAAUAUUUAAUUUCCUAUCAAGUUUUAAAAUUGGUGAAUAGACGAAGGAGAAAUAUUUAAUUUCCUAUCAAGUUUUAAAAUUGGUGAAUAGACGAAGGAGAAAUAUUUAAUUUCCUAUCAAGUUUUAAAAUUGGUGAAUAGACGAAGGAGAAAAUAUUUAAUUUCCUAUCAAGUUUUAAAAUUGGUGAAUAGACGAAGGGAACAAAAUAUUUGAAGCAAAGGUUUAGAUUAGAAUCAUUAUUUGUGAGAUUACAAGAAACAUGUUAAGGGUCUCACGGUCGCAUGUUCAAAUAUUUAACAUUUUGUUUCCCCCUUGUUACAGCCCAGAGUUUCACAGUGUUUGCCCCGUCCAAUGAUGCAGUGAACAAACUACCCGGUCAUACGUAUGUGGAUCUGCUGGUCAAUUUCACACAACUGAUCAGUAAGUUUUCAAAACAAAAUUAUUUUAUUGUUUCUGUUUGUCUGGAUAGUGCAAACGGCAGAUGAAUAAUUUUACUGUGUGUGCUUGUGGGGACAGAGUGGGAAGGAAGAUUGUUUUAAGCUCACGUUUUGGAGGCUGCCGUCUUCACAGGUUCAAAAGUUCAUCUUUACUUCGUCCCCACGAAUAGCUGUCUUACGAGUGUGAUGGGUGCCCUGUACUCGACUAUUUGCACUUAACUUAGGUCGAUACCGCGUCAAAAAAGGGGGAUAUCAUGUCUAAUAGGUCGAUAUCAUGUCAAAGAGGUCGAUACCAUGUCAAAGAGGUCGAUACCAUGUCAAAGAGGUCGAUACCAUGUCUGAUUUUUCUAGCUUCACAUAACAAUAUGUUCAUGGCUACACAGUUGACAUUUCAUGUAUCAGUUGAUUUUAAAUUCAACUCUUAAUGAAGCUUGGGGAAGAAACUCCUGGAUGGCCGUCCCAUGUACCACUGACUCUAUAAGAUAAGGAUGGGAAAGUUUGAGAAUCGCUGGUUUAAUGGGUUUCACAAAGUAAACCAGAUUUAGUUAUUAGAAUAUAAUCUUAAAUUUGGUCGACACUUUGCUCUUCCCCAGUUCCGGUCUGAAUGACUUCAGGCGACACAACUUUUGGUCUCAUUAUCUAGUGACCUUCUUUCUAACUUUACUUGGUCAGUCAGACCGGCCAGACCAACCUGGGAAAUCAUUCAAAUUUUACCUGUAAAAUUUAUCAUCAAUUAGGGGAAGAUUUUAAUCUAUCAUUUACUCUCAGACUUAGAUGUUAACCAUGCGUAACAAAACCGAUCAGUUGACAAGUGAAUUAAAUUAUGUUCUCAGCUGUUCUGAAGAACCAUGUCGUCCCGGGAACAAUUUACAGCGCUGGUCUGUCCGACGGUCAAAAACUGACCACUCUCGCAGGGACCCAGUUGGAGGUCAAGAUCAAUUCUGGUGAGAUCGUUAUGUUCUAAGUUUUCAUUCUACACGCGACACGAGACUGACGAGAAAAUAAUCGCCCGAAUUUGAGAACAUUUUGCUGUUAAGUGUUCUAUGCAACUGUUAGGCUUAGGAUACAAUUAUUUACGUAUCAAUAUCAUCCGCGUCUAUUUUUGUAAAACACAAUGUAAGGGCUUUAAAAAAAAUAUAAAAAUUAAUUCGUCCCUAAUGAUAUAUUUUUAUUUUUUAAUACGCUUAUCAGCUGAUUCCCAAUCAUCAAUCUAUCUAUAAUAUUGAAUCACUUGUAAAAUAUAUGCUUAAAAGUCGAUUGAAACCCAUGAUAUAUAUAUAUAUAUAUAUAUAUAUAUAUAUAUAUAUAUAUAUAUAUAUAUAUAUAUAUAUAUAUAUAUAUAUUUAUAUAUAUAUUUAUAUAUAUACACACACACACACAAUAUAUAUAUAUAUAUAUAUAUAUAUAUAUAUAUAUAUAUAUAUAUAUAUAUAUAUAUAUAAAAUAAUUGAUGAAAAUCGAUUUUAUUUUGAAGAAAAAAAAAAAAAAAACAACAAAACAAUAUGAUAUUUGAACUGGAUUUUGAUAUAAAAAAAAUUUCGACAUAUCCUCCAGGACACACCUGGUCCACCUGUAAUCGCUAAACAUUAUCGUCCUCUGUUACCGCGCCAACAAAUAAUUGUCUCAAACACUCAUCCACAACUCCAGGCUCAGUGACUGUGGGCGGCGCCAAAGUGACCUGGGCAGACGUUGGAACUACCAAUGGUGUCAUCCACUUGAUCGACUCUCUGCUCAUCCCGGCGGGUCACGGUGACCCCGGCGUCAUCGUUGGCUAAACAUCCCUGGUUGUGUCCCCCUGAUCAUUUAAAUGUCACUGACGCUGUCCAUGUUUGUAUGUCUGUAACACCCACAUUAAAAGAAGACAUCUAAUUAUACAUUAUAAUAAUAUGAUAAUUUUAAUUUCCUAUUAUUAUGGUCAUAAAAAAAUCAUUUUUUUGGUUUUAAAAAAAAAUGCUUGUGGUUUGUAAGAUAAUGAAUAAGAAAUGUUGCUCAGAAUGAGAAUUAAUUCUUGUGCUAAGUUUGAAGUAUUGUCUGUUAGAAUGCUGUUUUGGUAUCUUCUCAUCGCCUUUGUAUCCAUGGUAAUUAAUUAAUGCAUCUCAAUGGCAAGCUGUUGGUCGUUAGAUAUUGAUAUUGUGCCAUUGUUUUCAAUAAAUUAUCAAAUUAAAUCCUGGGAUUGUUAUAUAACUUAUCAUCACCAGAUCGAGAUGCUUUUAUCGCAACACGAGAACCUUUAUUAGAU